ACCGAGAAUAAAGGAAAGGGAAGAAGUCCCUGGUGCUUGGGAAGAACCAAGUCGCACAGCCUCCUGGGAACCAAGAAGACAGUACUGUGUCUCUUCCCAGGAUGCCUUGCGAACAAGAGGUGGCGCGGGAUCCAGAACCGUUGCAGUGUUCUGGCUGCAAGUGUUUACCUGGCUCAGAAAAGCUGCCAUGGACCCCCAGAAGAACAAUCAUAGCGUCACCAGUAAUCAGGACACCGUGGGCUUAAGUAUCCACAGCACCUCGGACACCCUGGUGGUGACUUCGUACCUCUUAUUGGUUCUGUUCUUCGGGCUGUGGGCUCUUCUGUCACAUAGGCGUGGUACAGUAAAAGACUUCUUCCUGGCUGGCCAAAAUCUGCCAUGGUGGUUGUUGGGCAUUUCCACUUUUUCUGCAAAUAUCGGCAGUGGCCACUAUAUGGGCCUGGCUGGGAUAGGUGCAACUUCCGGAAUUGCAGCUGGAGCCCUUGAGUGGAAUACUAUAUUUAUGCUCUGUAUUCUUGGUUGGAUAUUUGUUCCCAUCUAUAACAAGGCUGAGGUGGUGACAUUGCCGGAAUAUUUGAAGAAGAGGUUUGGCAGCUUUCGGAUCCAGCUGUUCUCCUCUUUCUUUUCCUUGGUUGUCUACAUCUUCAGCAGGAUCUCGAUGGAGAUCAGCUUUGGUGCCAUGUUCUUGAAAAUGAUUUGGGACACAGAUAUUUACCAGACAAUGCUGGUUUUGCUGACCAUUACUGGCAUUUAUACCAUCACAGGUGGCCUGACGACUGUGGCUUAUGUUGAGACCUUACAAGCUGGUAUUAUGCUUCUGGGCUCAGUCUUGUUAAUGAUUUAUGCCUUUCGUGAAGUGGGAGGCUAUCAGGCGCUGGUGAAAAAGUACCUCCACGCCAUCCCAAGUAGGACACAGCAGGGAAACUGGACAGCCAAGCCACAGUGCUAUAUGCCUCGUCAGGACGCUUUCCAUAUCUUCCGAAGUUUUAGCUCUGGAGACAUCCCCUGGCCUGGACUCAUCUUAGGUGCCACGGUGGUCUCUUUGUUCUACGGGUGUGCUGAUCAGGUUUCUGUCCAGAGGUUCCUGGCAGGAAAGAGCAGGCUUCAUAUGCAAGGUGGCUGCCUCUUGUGUGGGUACCUGAAGCUGCUGCCCAUGUUCUUCAUGGUGAUGCCAGGGAUGAUCAGCCGCAUCUUGUUCCCUGAUCAAGUGGCCUGCGUCGUCCCUUCAGAGUGUCAGAAGUUCUGCGGCAGACGGAGCAGCUGUAGUGCCCUGGCUUAUCCAGUGCUGGUGAUAGGAGUGAUGCCUGCUGGCCUACAGGGCUUUGUGCUGUCCACAGUGUGUGCCUCCAUCAUGUCCUCCCUGACCUCCGUCUUCAACAGCUCCAGCGCCCUCUUCACCCUCAACAUUUACACCUGGAUCCGGCCCCUGGCCACCGAGAAGGAGCUCAUGAUAGCCGGAAGGUUUUUUGUUAUCAUCUUGCUUGCUGUCACCAUUGUCUGGAUCCCCACUAUAGAAAUGGUAUCCAGUGAGGCACUGUUUGAGUACAUGCAGGUUCUCAAGAGCUGCCUGACACCAGCUGUGGCUGCCGUCUUUCUGCUGGCUGUAUUUUGCAACAGAGUCAACGAGCAGGGUGCCUUCUGGGGGCUGGUUUUGGGAACGGCCAUCGGAGCCUUUCGACUGCUGGCUGAGUUUUUCUACGGACCCUCGACCUGUGAGGGAGGCCGCGUGUGCCCCACUCUCAUCUGUGGCCUCCAUUACCUCUAUUUCGGCUUCUUCCUCUUCCUGGUUACUCUCCUUAUCACACUGGCCAUCUCCUUAGCCACCAAACCAAUUUCGGAUGUGCACCUCCGUGGUCUCUGCUGGAGUUUACGCAACAGCCGACAGAGGAGGGUGUCUUUAGAAAAAGAGAUGAGAUGGAAGAUGUUUCCCAGUUCCACAUUCCAGCAAGGCAUGUUUGGGGAGACCAAUACCUGCCUCUGGAAGGUCUGGGACUUGUACUGUGGUCUGGACGCACAGGGAAGCACCAAGAUAGGCCCUGAGAAUACCACCGAGGAGAAGAGAAAGGCAACCUGCGAGCAGAUGGGGUCCAGUGACACGUCAGUCAGCUUAGAGACUCUGGCCAGGAGAAUGGCAUCUAGAAAGAGCGAGGAACACCAGGAGAUGAGAGACUGGAGUGACAGACCAGAGAGCGCCUUCUGGAGGAGAGCUGUGGAUGCCAGCGGGGUCCUGUUGUUUGUGCUUCUGAUUUUUGUUCACGUCUACUUUGCUUGAUGACUUCGGAGUUGCUGCCUUUCCCGGACAGCAUAUCACGAAGGGAUAACGUGUCUCCUUUAGAGACCCGAUAGUAUGGGGCCAAGGCCCACGCCAGUGAAAACAAGCUCUUGGUGUAGUCACCAAGCGUUAACAGCUGCGGGGCAUGCAUGGACAAGAGACCGAGGCAAACAAACUAUGCCACUGAAAGCAUCUGCCCCUCUCGGAGGCGAGUCGUUCUUCUCCAAACGACUGCAUUGCAUAAGCACUGGAUUUCCUUUAAAUUUAAUGUUUGCUUUUUAUCUCUGAUGGUUUUGAAUUUUAACACACACACACACACACACACACACACACACACACACACUUUGCUUAUGUCAAAAUGUCGGCACCUGUUUCUUGUCCCCACUCCGUAUUGCUUUGCUCUCUACUUAUCCUAAAGACACAACCCCGCUGAACUGGCAGCAGUGGCGCAAGUCCAGCCCCACCCUUGCCGCGGGCUUUUGCCCGCAGGGGUUUUGGGUCAGUACUGAUGAUCACUCGGGCCAGGGAGCAACAGCUGUUUCUUCAGCGGGUCAAGGGCUGCUCUGAGAGACCUGGUCUCAUACCAUUUACCAUCAGUCAGCUUCCACGUCACUGAUUCCAAAGGCCAGAGUGAGGGCACACCCUUCCCUAGGAGCUCUUUCUAGUCAUGCCCCAAGCCAGACAGUAGAAGAGGGGCCUAUGGGUGAGAUUAUUUUUAGCCAGCACAGCCAAACACUCCUGGGCUAUGUCGCUACAGGAAUUUCCUAAACCUCCCUUUCCUCUUGGACCAUAAUAAAGGAUCUGUGUC